AAAACAUUUGGAAUCCGCCAUUGAAAAACAGCUGUUAUGUGUGUUCUUUUAGCUCAGUGUAAUCGAUUUUUCUUCAUCGUCGUGUUGUAGUUAUCAAUGUACAUUAAUGUAUAGAUAUUCUUUAAUGUCUGCGAUUUAGAUAUAUAGCUCAAGUAAAUAAACAUUGACGAGAUAACAACAAAAUAUUUCCACAGAAGUGAAUUUUAGUCGACAAUUCCAUUGAUAUAAUUUCUCUUUCAUUUUCAUUGAUCGGAAGGAAAUGGUUGUAUAACAAACGAUUAAUGCUGUGUUUGUCAAAAUCUGCUUUGUGUCAAUUACUAUUAUGAUGAAGACAACGAAAUGAUAGACAUUAAAUAUGAACCACAUAUUUUAUGGAUUGUUACUAGCAUAUUUUGGAGAUAUUUAUUUUGGCGAGGCUGCAAUCAUUGAUUGCUAUGUCUGUUCUUCAAAGAAUAACAGUAACCCUGCAUGUACGGACCCAUUUCAUCCAAUAAACAACGAGCUUUCUGUAGGCUGUCACCAAGGAAUGGAGGGAAGAAAAGGACUAUUUCCGGCCAGAUAUUGUAUUAAAAUGAAAGGAAACAGCAGUAUAGAUAAUACACAAACUAUCAUACGUUAUUGUUCUCUGAAGACAUUCGACAACAUGUGUGGAAAGUUUAAAUUUGAAGGUGUUCCAUAUACAGGGUGUAUAGUAUCCUGUAACAAAAGAGCCUGUAAUGGUAGCUCGAACAACAAAAUACACGUGUUUUUGUGGUUAUGUUUGAUGCUGGUUAUGGGAUAUAGCCAGAAAGCGUGAUGUGAUGGCGGUGUGUGAAGCUGAGGUGUGAAGAGCUAUCUUAAUUUGUCAAAAGUGUAAGGCGAGACACAAUGCACAUAUUGGUGUGUUAUUUGAAAAAAAUAUAGGCAUUAUGAACACUGAUUUUUGAAUUAAGUGUGCGGUUAUCAUUACGUGUCUAUGAUAUCUUUUUCAAUUAUCAUAUCAUUUACUUAUUAAUUAAAGUUUGUGUGAAUAACUCAGAGAAAAACAAUGAAACACUACCAUUAUUAUAUCACAUACAAUUUUAAUGAGAGUUUGCUAUUUUGUGAUUACAUGAAACACGACAAGAAGCAAACAAAAUCGAUAAAAGUUUUUGUGUUUACUAUUUUUCGAACCAGGUACAAAGAAGUAAUUCUAAUUAACUGUACAAAUCAAUUUACUCAAAUACUAUUUGAGAACUAAUUGAACUAAUGUUUACCUUUUCAUUCACUGUUAUUUUAUUUAAUGGAAAUGUGUUGUCUCAAAAAUAUCUACUUACUGAAUAUUUUUCGAUUUGCUAUUGUGAGCCCGACUGUUAUUAUGGUUACACUGUUUGGAUGCAGUGUAACAUGUAUCUAUAUUCUCGUUGUUAGACGAGUCUUAAUAAUGGAAUACCUAA